GCUGAGCGCCAGCUGUGCUCUUCGCGGCGACCAAUAAGAAUCGCUUUUACUAUUGCACAGCAGCGCCUCAAAUACAUGACCGGUGACCACAGAUUUCAGCGUUCCCGCGAAAGUAACUCAUAAACUUUUGUCCUCCGUUCAACAGUGUUAUUUUACCGUAUGCUGUAGCAAUUAAGCAGACGUUCAAUUAAAACAUCGAAGAACUCGAAGUCGUAUUAAAAAAAGUUGUUCCUAUCCGGAAUAUUUUUCGAACACGUCGACAAUUUCGAAGCAAAAUGCCGCAAACGAGUUUACAUGGGAAAAAAUCACAAACUUACUUGCAAGGAGGCAAAGUAGUAACACAAACUUCAAAACGCAAAAGGCGGGCAACAGAGAUUUCUGAAGAUUCAGAAAAUGUAUAUCCGCCUAGUAAAAUACCAGCUGUAUCACAUGUAUCAUACACAGAAUCAUGUCAAACAGUACAUCCUUUAGAAAAUUCAUGCAAUCCACAUCAAGUUUCACCUCUGAAAGAGCAACAAGAGCCAGCCACAUGGUCUGAAUUGAGAACUGCAACAUGCUUUUUAACACCAUCAUCUUCUAAAAAUGUAUCAAAUAGACCAAGUCCAUUACCAUCAUUUUCAUGGGCUGAUGGUUCUCAAGUCUGGUCUCUCAUGUGUAUGGGAGAUCAAAAGACUGUUACUCAAAGGAAUCCACAAAUGUUCCAAAGGCAUCCAACAUUACAACCAAGAAUGCGGGCAAUUUUGUUAGAUUGGUUGAUUGAAGUUUGUGAAGUGUACAAGCUACAUAGAGAAACUUAUUAUCUUGCAAUGGAUUACAUAGACAGAUAUUUGUCCAUUCAUCAAAAUGUACCCAAAAAUCAAUUACAAUUAAUAGGUAUUACAUGCCUUUUUAUAGCUGCCAAGGUUGAAGAAAUAUAUCCACCCAAAAUAGCAGAGUUUGCGUAUGUCACUGAUGGAGCCUGCACAGAAGAAGAAAUCUUAGGAAAAGAAUUAGUGAUUUUAAAAGGACUUGGAUGGAACUUAUCCCCAGUUACUGCUCCUGGCUGGCUUAAUAUAUACAUGCAAAUUGAAUCAGGCGAUUGGUCAAGGCCAAAUGCAUUUAUUUACCCACAAUAUGGAGGUUUACAAUACUCUCAAGCAGCUCAACUAUUAGAUUUGGCUACAUUAGACGAAGGAAGUCUGAAAUUUCCUUAUAGUCACAUUGCUGCAGCAGCAAUUUUCCACACACAAGGAAGGGAAUGUGCCUUGAGAGUAUCACGCAUUCCAUGGGACCAGCUUGCACCCUGUGUCAAAUGGCUUACUCCUUUUGCAAUGACAGCAGCUGAAGAAGAUUCUCAGUGCCUUUUAAGGUCUACUAUAAUAUCUUUGGAGUCUCAUUCUGGAUCUGGACUUAAAGCAACAGUGCCUAACAUCGUGAUGGAUGAAUCGCAUCGCAUACAAACUCAUGUUGUAGAUUUAAAUAUGUUAGAAAGGGCACAUCAACGAUUAGUACAUAAAACUCCUACUGACACAAAUGAAUCAGAUUCUAAUAUUGAAUCUGGUAGACAAAGUCCAAAUGAAAGUAGUCUUUUAACUCCACCAUCUAGUAGUCAAAAGAAUUCUACCACACCAUCGCGUCCUCCACCGCAGUUGCACCCAUAUACAUAAUUAAAUAUUUAUAAAUACCUCAUAGUCUUUAAUUCAAUAUUUCAUUUACUAAUUGCUGGUGAAUGAUUUUAAUUAAAUAUAGUAAUGUACAUGUUUGUCAAGAAAUAUGAUUACUUACUUUAAACAGUUUCGCUUUUUGUAAAAUUGCACAAUGAGUUAAGUACGGGAUUACACGAGUGCACGAUAAUUGCAGCAUACAUUGCGUUAUCGUAAAUAAUAUGGUUCUUCCUGUAAAAAAUAAGUUCUCUUUGUGUAAUGAUAUUUGUCAUCUAAUAGUAAGCCUUAUAGUACAAGGUGUUAACUAUUUUCUAUAGUAAUGUCCAUAGUGACAUUGAAUUUAUUUAAUACUACUUGUUUUAUUAUGAAUUUUUAAAAGAAGUGCCUUAAAUAGAGGAAUGUAAACUUACAUGUAAGUC